AUGCAAUUUAUAUUUCACAUCGAAUUGAUACGUCAAGAACUGCAGCGUAUCCAGGAUGAUUUGAGUCUUUUGGUUGACUAUUCACGUUAUCAAGCCUAUGGUGUGGGUUUUCGAAGCUUUGAAAAGUUUCUACGCUGCAAAAUUGCCCAAAAACAACAACAUUUUCAGUUGAUUUAUGAAAUGUAUUCGAAUUUUCAAAAUUCAUUUGGUUUUUCAAUUGUUGCUGUCCUACUAAUGGUCUAUGUUCGGGUAUUGAUUGAUUCAUAUUUUAGUUAUUACAAUAUCUAUUUGCAACGUUAUAUUCUGGAGACAAUUAUGUUAGCACCAUCUGUCAUACAAAUUCCAAUAUUUCUUAUUAUUUCGAAAAGUUGCAUGGAUGUGGUUAAAUUCAUAACUUUGAAUUUGCAUUCGAUUAUCAGUCAGUUUAAUGAACAAAAUUCCAAUAUAAGUAUACAG